UGGCUUGCAAAAAGGUUGAGACGAUUGUAGAAAAUGUUUACCUUAAUCCGCAGCGAGAAUAUUUUGAAAGCCUUUCAGACAAGUUUUAUUCGAAUGUUCUUCCGAGAGUUUUUAACUUAAAUUCACUGCAACUUGUUGAAACCACGAAGAAAUACAUGGAGCAAAUAUUGGAAUCUGAAGGAAAGAAAAAUAAAAAAGAACCUUUUUCAGUGAGCGACUACAAGGAAGAAGCAUGUAUGUGUGCUUAUAUGCAUCAGUACUGCGUUUACAAUUCUAGCAUUGUUAUGAGCCUCUUCACAAAUAUGUUGGACGAAAAAGCUGACAUCAAAAAAGAUCUACUGUCAAAAAAUGAGAUCAGAAUUUGUUGCCUUGGUGGCGGAUCUGCUACCGAAGCUGUUGGAAUUGGGUUGGCUAUCGAACAUGAGCUAAGAGAUGAAGACAACAAAGUAGUUUUUUGCGUGUCUGUUAUUGAUGAGUGUCCUUCUUGGAGGAGAGUUGUUCGAAACGUUGAAAAAGCUGCUAAUAAAAUGAAAGGAAAAGUGAAUUGGAAAUUUCAAUUCAUUGAAAAAGACAUUUUGGAGCCUCUGUGUUCCGAAGCAGUUUCAAGAAUUCGAAAAGCUGAUUGUAUCACCAUGGUGAACUUUAGCUCAUCAGUCUUCAGUAAAAGGACAGUAAAGAAACAUGUAAUUCGUGAAAAAUUUGAGGAAAUUUUAAAACUAGCCAAGUCUGAAGCAAUGAUAUUUUAUCUGGAUAACUCAGAUGAUCACUAUGACAAGGAAUUGGAAUGCAUAACUCAUAAGUUUUCGAAUCUUCUAAAGGUUUACCGACAGCAGGAGUGUUUUGGACGCCAGACCUUUUGCAAAGAUACCAAAAAUUUGAAAAAAUCGUUUUACGACGAAAGUCUAAAGGAACACUACUUAAAAGACUUUUCUUCUGUAGCAGCUGCUGUAUGGAUUAAAAGAGAUUAUUCGAAAUCAAAAGUUUAUAAGGAUAAAAGGGAUGGCACGAAACCGAAAGUUUUUCUCACAGUGAACAAGAGGGAUCCAAAGCAACCUGUUCCUUUUAAUCGCAGAAAACUCCUUUUACUGCCAAAGGGUAGCACAUUGUCGAAAUUCAUAGACAAAAGAAGCGAACAGUUUAAGAAGGAGCACAAGUACAAAGAUGCUGCAAGAAGUUCUUCAAGGCAAAAAGCUAGAUAUGCAGCAGAUGAAUAUGAUUAAAAACCUUAUGUUUGACAAGAAAUCUUUUGCGGUUUAUAAAUGAAACAGUGCGAGGUAGAGGGGUGUAAGAGUACUAUUAACAGUAUUGAGUAAAACGUGUUUAAAAUUGCGGUACUAGGUUGUUGUUCAUUGCAGUAUCUAUCAAAGGGGCAACUAGUACCAUCUGUUGCCCCCAAAACAGGUGAGAUUUUCUUCUACUUUCUGAACUAGUAGUCUUCAUUUUUUUUGGCACUUACAUCCCUUUACUUUUAGCUGCUUCAUAUGUGUUUAUGUGUGUUGUUAUGCGCCAUGGUAACUUAGUACAUUAUAUUAUUUUAACUAAAUGAGUUUUUUGCUAGUUAUCCUGUUUUAUUUAUUGGUUUUGAAUAUUUUGUCAAUAUAUAGUAGUAAAAUACUCCGCUUCAUUUAAAGAUAGUUGUACUCUUAAAUUUUUGACCCCACUCCGAUAGGGGUUAUAUUAUUAUGUUUGUUAAUAUUAUUAUGUUUGUUUUAAUAAAACUUUUUUCUUAGU